GACGAAACUGGAAUCCAAGCUUUGGUGGUGAACAGACAUCAACCGGCAAAGAUGGACCUGCUGACCAUCGUCUUCCAUCUCCUGCUUUCAUGUUUUGAGUCGUCUUCAGCGACGACCCUGAUUACAGCGGACAUAUUUGAAGCCAGAGGUCAGCGUGUGUGCAAGGCAGGAAAGGGAAAGCCAUGCUACAAGCUGGCCUAUUUCUCGGAGCUGCGCAGGAGGCUGAACUUCAUGGAGGCCGAGCUGGCCUGCAGGCGGGACGGCGGCCAGCUGCUGAGCGUGGAGUCCGCGUCCGAGCAGAAGAUCAUAGAGCAGCUCAUCACGGAGCUGCGCCCGACCGACGGAGACUUCUGGAUUGGUCUCCGGCGAGGCAACGGCGAGGGGGACAACAGCUCGGACUGCUCCUCGCAGUAUUACUGGCUGGAUGGAAGCAAGUCCACAUUCAGGAACUGGCACUGGGACGAGCCGUCGUGUGGCUACGAGGUGUGUGUGGUCAUGUACCACCAGCCGUCGGCCCCCCAAGGUCAGGGGGGGCCCUACAUGUUCCAGUGGAACGACGACAACUGUGAAACCAAGAGCAACUUCAUCUGCAAGUACACUGCAGAGAAGCCGCAGGAGCCCUCGCCCUCUCCCAACUCCACGCUGACAGGUAUCCGUCCGUCGCCUGUCUUGCCGUGGAAGCCGAGCGGCCAUGCCAGAGGAACAGUUGUGAAUUUGGUGUACAUCAUCAUUCCCACCAUCCCCCUCAUCCUGCUGCUGCUGACAGUGACGGGAGUCUGCUGCUUCAAGCUGCUCGGCAAACGAAGGCGAAAGCAGCAGCAGAAGUCAGAAGUGUGCCAGACAGACCCGGCACACUGUCCCAGUCCGGCACCAACUGACGUCUACAACAUAAUCCGCUCGCAGAAAGACGACGACCUGGUCUCGGCUCGCCCGAACACCAAGAACACCUCCUUCCUGUGCUCCUCGCCCGAUACGCCCACCGGCGACUACGACAACCUCGGGGGUCGGGACACGGAGAGCGGCUUCGUGACGCUGGCCAGCACGGAGAGCUGCUUCCUCAACUUUGACCUCAACGACCUGAGCCUUGGGCGCCGCGGCGCCCGUGACUUCUACGACUCCAGCUUGGGACGGCCGGCGAAGAGGGAGCUGAACGACCGCAGCCUGGGACGCACUGGGCAGAGGGAGUUUUACGAGAGGAGCCUCGGCCGGCGCACCACGAAGAGCGAGCACUACGGCCCCAGCGUGUACGUCGACCACGGACUGUAUGACUCCAGCAUCAGAGCAGGAAGUGACAUUUAUGACACCAAGCUGAGGCCCGGAGCGCCUUCAGCAAAGGCUGAUCUCUACCAGACAUACGUCACCAGCAGCAAGGACUCCUACCAAACCAGUCUGGGAACUUAUGCAAACCGAAAAUCCUACCAAGCCACUUUGGAUUACUACAGAAACGGCUUGACUCUGGACGGGGGAAGCAGAUACUUCAACGAGCAGGAGUGGAUAAGCAAAGCAAACUACUGAGCGGAGAAGCCGCCUCUGUCUUCAGUCUAUAGCAGCAUA